CUUCGCUCCACCGUUUGUCCAAGUUUCCCUAUCUUUGUUCUCUGUCUUGCAUUCUUUUGUCCCUCUCGUCUCAACAAUCACCUCCUUUACAAGACUGUAACAACGUCUUUUCAUCCUCUGCUUUGUCUGCGUUCUUGAAAGUGUUGGCUAUCGACGCAGGCCUCCGCCACAAACGCGAUCGGGCCUACCAUCACCAAACACAAGCACACUGCAGUGUCCGUCAUGCUUCUACAGGACUCCCUACACACAGAAAGUUAACGACAUCCUUUCUCGGCCCAACUAAUUCAACAUGUCCCUUAAUUCUACCCUCGACCUGGGCGGGAGCACGACCGCGAGCGAGUCCAAGAGUGGACAAACCGCCAGUCAAUUUGCUGCCUCCCUAGUUACCUCCAUAGCCAUCUUCGGCAUCCAAGUGGCUCUUUUCCUCCUCAUCAAAGAUCGAUUUGCUCGAAUCUACCAACCGAGAACAUAUCUGGUACCAGAAAGAGAACGGACGAAACCAACAGAUCCUGGUUGGUGGAAAUGGAUCAAGCCAGUCUUCGUCACCUCCAAUUCCGAAUUCGUGCAGAAAUGUGGUCUUGAUGCAUACUUCUUCCUGCGGUACCUACGCACCCUCCUGAAGAUCUUCGUCCCGGCUGCGAUGGUUAUUUUACCCAUCUUGAUACCCCUGAAUGUGGUAGACGGUCGAGGUGGACGCUACGCUACAGGACGACACGAGAAUUCAACAAAUGUUACUGGACUGGAUCAGCUUGCUUGGGGCAAUGUUGCUCCGGACCAUACUGGACGAUAUUGGGCUCACUGGCUACUGGCCUUGGGUUUGAUUGUCUGGGUCUGUUACGUUGCGUACGAUGAACUACGAAACUACAUACGUAUGCGGCAAGCCUACUUGACAUCGCCCCAGCAUCGAUUGCGGGCGUCAGCCACGACCGUGCUAGUGAGUGCAAUCCCUCAAAAAUGGUGCAACGUGGAGGCCCUGGAUGGUCUGUACGACGUUUUCCCGGGUGGUCUGAGGAAUAUCUGGAUUAACAGAAAUUUCGACGAACUGAGCGAAAAGAUCAAGCGACGUGACAAGCUUGCCGCCACCCUCGAAGCUGCUGAGACGGAACUCAUCAAGAAAUGUUUCAAGAAGAACGAGGAAAAUAUCAAGAAAGCCGACAAAGAAGCCGGCAAAAAGCUCUCCAAGCAGGAAAAGGAACUUCGAGCAACCAUUAGAAAUGAAGAGGGCGAUCAAGCAGCUCAUGGCCAUGGAAUCACGACCGGCAAUCCCCACCAAGUCAACCAUCGUCUUCGUGAUGUCCUCGACGGACCUAGCGACCGUUCCAUGUCGCCAUCUGACGGAGAAGAGGACGUAGUCGAGGAACCCCGACAUACACGUCGCGCUAUCCCGAUCCCUGUCAUCGGUGAGGGUAUAUCAGCAGUCACCCACGGGUUGGACACCAUUGGCAACCGGCUUCUGGGUGGCAUCCGCGGCGUCAAUAAAGGAGUGAAUGAUACCAUUGAUACAACGAAUGGGUUUGUGGCUUCGGAGCCAAAGCAAGCAUCUUCUUCUGACGACGAUGAACCAUCACGCCAACACGAUAAUUCCGGCUCUGGCACUCACAGAAAUGCCUUCCAUCAAGAGAAAAAGCAUCGCGCUCACGAUGCUACGGCAGGGGCGCAACCAGCAGAUGGCGAUCGUGGACGUUCAAAGGAGAAACUCGGGAGAUAUGAUCGACCGUCUAGCCCCAUCUCUCAGUCUAGUACAAUGAGAGAUGAGAAGACCCGGCCGGAGAAGCCGCUAACCAAGUUCGAGAAAUUCAAAAAGGCCAUUGGUCUUGGAUCGGAGGAGAAGGACCCUGUCGACUAUCCGCCUGCGUUUGAAUGGAACUUUGAGCAGGACCCUGAUGAUGCUGUUUGGCGGCGAUAUUUGACAGAAAAGGAUCGUGAGACCAUGAGGCUGCCCAUUUUUGGAUGGCAAUGGAUGCCUUCACUCCCAUUGAUGGGCGAAAAGGUCGACACCAUUCGCUACUGCCGAAAGGAGGUGGCGAGACUCAAUGUCGAGAUCGAGGACGAUCAGGCUCACCCAGAACGGUUUCCACUCAUGAAUUCGGCCUUCAUUCAAUUCAAUCAUCAGGUCGCGGCGCACAUGGCUUGUCAAGCUGUCAGCCAUCACGUCCCAAAGCACAUGGCGCCCCGUAUGGUCGAAAUUGAUCCGAACGAUGUCAUUUGGGACAAUAUGUCGAUGCCCUGGUGGCAACGCUACGUUCGGACUGGUGGUGUCGUCGCUAUCGUCACCGGCAUGAUCAUCCUUUGGGCCGUUCCUGUUGCCUUUACGUCAGCUCUAUCUCAGCUGGAUACGGCGGCAAAGACAUGGACUUGGCUUCAUUGGGUAUUAAGCAUUCCGGCUUGGUUCAGAAGUGUCAUUCAGGGUGUCUUGCCGCCAGCCCUUUUGGGUUUGUUGACCUUCCUGCUUCCUCUCAUCCUACGAUUCCUGUGCAAAGUUCAGGGAAUCCAGUCCGGUAUGCUCGUGGAAAUCUCGGUCCAACGCUACUACUUUGCCUUCCUCUUCGUCCAACUGUUCUUGGUGGUCUCAAUCGCGUCUGCACUCACGCAAUUCUUCGCCCUUUUUACCAGUGUGGAUGGGUUCACAAACAUCCCUGCCUUAUUGGGCACUAAUAUCCCCAAAGCGAGCAACUACUUCUUCUCCUACAUGCUACUCCAGGCACUCUCUGUGAGUGCGGGAGCCCUGGUGCAGGUCGGAUCACUUAUUGGGUGGUUCAUCCUGGCUCCUCUGUUUGACAGCACGGCACGAGCCAAGUUCAAGCGACAAACCGAAUUGUCCAAUGUCAGAUGGGGGACGUUUUUCCCUGUGUACACCAACUUGGCUUGCAUUGGCUUGAUCUAUUCCGUUAUCUCGCCAUUGAUCCUGAUCUUCAAUGUCAUUACCUUCUCAUUGUUCUGGUUUGUAUACCGCUACAACACGCUCUAUGUCACCAGAUUUACCCGCGACACUGGCGGCUUGUUGUAUCCGAACGCCAUCAAUACCACCUUUGUGGGGUUGUAUGUGAUGGAAAUCGCUCUCAUCGGCAUGUUUUUCCUUGUCAGAGAUUCAGCCGGGAGCGUUGCUUGCAGCGGACAAGCCAUCGGCAUGAUCAUUAUCUUGAUCCUCACUGCUGGCUAUCAACUCUUGUUAAAUGAGGCCUUCAGCCCCUUAUUCCGAUAUCUUCCCAUCACGCUCGAGGAUGAUGCUGUUCGACGAGACGAGGAAUUCGCCAGAGCAAUGCAGAACAAGCAGGGGCUCCUGGAAGCUGACAACCAAGUCGAAGACCUAGAAGACCAGCUGGAGCGUAAGGAGCGCCAGUCUAUGGAAGAAGAUCGGAAUGAACAGGAGUACGAGCUUCAACGCAUCAAAGCAGACAGAGACGCGCGGCUCGAGAAGCAGGAAACGCACAAGCCUGAUUUGGAGCCCUCUGAAUAUCAGAACCCCGAAAUUGUCAUGAACCUGGAUCAAGACAGCAGAGGUCUUCGUAUCGCCAAGUCUGUGACUCAAAAAGCAACAGACACCACCAAGCAUCUCGUCGUCCGAAAUUUGGGACGAAAAGAACGCCCCAAGUCAUGGGCCGACCGAGAUAAUGAACGAAAUCGAAGAGCGUCCAAUUUCGGUGAGUGGGAGGAUACUCCCUCGCAAGGCCGUAGCAGAGCGCCCUCGGAAGUUCCUGCGCAGGGUCAUACAACACACAAACGCCGCGUAUCACCGCCCCGAGAUGUAUUUAAUAAAUUGAACAACUUCAACCCCAUCACCGGCACUGAGAAAGACAUCGAAGCGCAGCGUGCCGCCCGCAAUCAGCUUGCCGAUGCUCUCUUUGGAGGCGUCAGUGACGAAUUGGAGGAUCUGACACCCGAGGAGCGCGAUCGAUUAGUGCAGCGCGCUUUCCAACAUAGUGCACUGCGAGCAAGACGGCCCGUGAUCUGGAUCCCGCGUGAUGAGCUCGGCGUUAGCGACGACGAAGUCCACCGCAUGGGACGAUUUAGCUCUCAUAUCUGGGUCAGCAACGUCAGGCAAGGUCUCGAUUCCAAAGGUCGAUGUGUGUACAGCGGCGCCCCGCCUGAUUUCAGCGAGGUCGAUUUGAUACAGCUGUAGGCCAUGCUGAGGGAUGGCGUGUCGAUAUGAUAUUAUGGGGAUAUCUGGGCGGCAAAGAAUGAAUACUUCAACGUAUGGAAGAAGCCGCGAUCUGAUGCUGUUUUCGGUCGAUCGAUAAUCCAGGUUUACUUACGGAGUACUAGCAUCAGCGACGGAGUACGGAACACGAGCUGUGUCUUUAGCUUGCAAGUUGCAAACUGCAAACGGCGGUAUCGUGGCAGGUACUCGUCCUUGCGAACCCCAUGGAAGAUGUACUAUUGAUUAGAAUAUCAUGUCCUUACGACUUAAUGUUAUUGUAUGUGAGAUAAAAUGAAGAUGAU